AUGGAUGGAGUAAUGGUCGGCUUGUGGGGUAUUUAUAGAACACACAAACAUAGCUCGCUCACAGAACAGAAGGAAGCAUUACACCAGCCAUUGGAAAACUACGAUCAUCUAAACCGCGAUCUACAUUUAUUAGAGAUUAAAGAGCAAGUGCGUGCAGCGCCAGGCAGGAGUGACAACCGUCAAUACUCAACACAAUACCAAAGGACAGUUCAUGCAAUAUUACACGCCGUUUUAAUUUACCUCCGCCGUUGUCCAUCGCACGAUUUUGACGACUAUCGUCCGCGGACACCUCACAGCGGUCUCUGGCUCGCGCACAUUUAUAUAAACAUUAUAACACCGUAUCGAUAA